GGCGUCCGGCCGCGCUGGACCGUCCGGGGCCUGCGGGGCCUCUUCCCUGAGGUUUGCGCGCUUAUCGCCCGACACAGCCCGGGUUCAGCCGCCGCGGGGCUUCAGGUCGCAGGUGCGCGCCGGCCCCGCGUCGGUGAAGCAGACGGUUCGGCUCCGGUGAGACGAGGCCAGGCGCUUCGGACCCCGUGCUCUUGGGACAUGGCGCUCCAGCGCACCAUCCUCCUGGCUGGCCUCCUGGUGGAAGUUGCCAGCAAAUCCUCAGAAAGUACGGGCCAGCAGUCUGAGUGUUGUGUGGACAUGGUGGAUGUCAACACCACCUGCCCAGGCACAAGCCUGUGUGGCCCAGGCUGCUUCAGGCGCUGGAACGAGGAUGGGAGUGCCAGCUGCAUCCGGUGCAGGACCGGAACCUACAACAGCUCUGAGUGUAGAAGCCUUGUUGGCCAGGGCGCACAGUCCCCCUUGAACAGGAGCACAGGGACACCUGGACGGCCGAGUCUUGGUGGCCCUGGAGUGGCAGCCUCCCUCUUCCUGGGGACCUUCUUUGUCAGCUCCGGCCUCAUCCUCACCGUGGCUGGUUUCUUCUACCUCAAGCGCACCAGUAAAUUGCCCAGGCUCUGCUACGGAAGAAACAAAGCCCCAGCCCUGCAGCCUGGCGAAGCCGCCGCGAUGAUUCCCCCGCCACAGUCCUCAGGUAUGUCCGUCAGCUCUUACUGUCCCUUGCCUGCCCAGGUCCCUUGUCUCUGGGCAAGAAUUUCAAAAUGCCAGACGUGUCUGUGGGAUCAGCUGCCCUCCGGGGGCCACAGCCGGGUCAGCAGGGACUUGAGCAUCUGGCCCCACAUCCUCCAUCCCUGGUGGCUCUGGACGCUGGCCAAGUCCCCCUUAAUCAGCCAUGGCCUUCCUGUCUUUCCCCUUUGAUCUCUGAGACCUUGAGUCCUGGCCCCUCCUGAGGGCUGGUGUUUUAAUUUUACCAGCUCCAGGUGUGACACGAGCACAGGUCGUACGGGCAUGCACCUGGCCCCGCCCUAGCCCGGUCUCACCACUGUGAGGAGGACAGAAGUGGGGACAGGAGAGGAUGUCUCCUUUUGGGGACAGUGAAGUUCCUUGGUCAAGGCUAGAUUCCGCUGUGUUCCCUAAAACGCUUGUCCACGGUUUCUUUAAAGCCGCCUGUCUACAGCAGCUUGCAUUUCCCGAGUCCCCUGCUCGGGUCUUCUACUGCCACCCCAGCAAACAGCCACACACAGGGCGGGUGGAAGCUACAGAAUGCACCCCCACAGGUCAGAGGCCAGGGUCAGAAGUGGAGGGUGUGGGCGCCCUCUCUGGAGGCUCUAGGGGAGGGUCCUUCCUGCCUCUCCCGCCUCGGUGACUCCAGGUGUCCCUGGGCUUGUGGCCGCAUCCCUCCAGCCUCUGUCCCAUCUGCACGUGGCUUCUCCCUUCUCCCUGUGUCUCCUCAUCUGUCUGCCUCCCUCUUAGGAGGACACUGGUCACUGGAUUUAGGGUCCCCCAGAGAUCCAGGGGGAUCUCACCCCAUGAUCCUUAACUUAGUCACAUCUGCAAAGACCCUUUUCCCAAGGUCACAUCUGCUGGUGCCAGGGCUUAGAAUGGGGACACUUUGGGGACCACCCUCCAGCCCUACGCUGCAUCAUGUGGCCUGUGGUUCUGCGUCAUGGACGUGCAGGCCCUGCCCAGGCCAAGGUGCUCAGGGCGCAGGGGUCAGCUUACACUCAUCACAGAAGCUCUCCGCUGCAGUGGCCCGCUCCCCGGUGGGGCCUAAGUGGGGUCUGCUCCCCGUGGCAGCUCCACGCCCCACUCUCCACCCAGGCUCCACGCUGACCCCACCUAU